AUGGACAAUGAUUUUAAGACCGACUCAUCAUUAUCUAGCUUUGCUCUUCAAAGUUCUUCAGAGACAUUGUUUUCUAUUCAGCUAUUAGAUUUCAAAACGAGUUUACUGGAAGCAUUAGAAGAGUUACGUAUGAGAAGGGAAGCAGAAAUUCAAUAUGAAGAGCAGAUUGGUAAAAUUAUUGUGGAGACAGAAGAACUGAAAUGGCAAAAUGAAACUCUUCAGAAUCAAAAGGAAACAUUAACAAAGCAACACAAAGAAGCAAUGGCAGUUUUUAAAAAGCAGUUUCAAGUGAAGAUGUAUGCCAUGGAAGAAGAAAAGGGAAAAUAUCAGCUUGCUACAGAAAUAAAAGAAAAAGAAAUAGAAGGAUUAAAGGAAACAUUAAAAACAUUACAGGUUUCUAAAUAUUCUUUACAGAAGAAAGUGAGUGAAAUGGAACAAAAAGUCCAGUUACAUCUUCUGGCUAAAGAAGAUCAUCAGAAGCAAUUGAAUGAAAUUGAGAAAUACUAUGCUACAGUAACAGGCCAGUUUGGAUUGGUAAAGGAGAAUCAUAAGAAGUUAGAACAAAAUGUACAGGAAGCAAUACAGAUAAACAAAAGACUUUCAGCUCUAAAUAAAAAACAAGAAUCUGAAAUAAGCAGUUUAAAAAAGGAACUAGAAAAAGUAACCUCAGACUUGAUAAAGUCCAAAGUCACAUGGCAACAUAAGAUGGGAGAAGAAAACAUCAAUUUAACAAUUGAAGGACAAAAAUUUCAGGAACUUCAAGAAAGACUCAACAUGGAAUUGGAAUUAAAUAAGAAGAUUAAUGAAGAGAUUACCCGUAUUCAAGAAGAAAAACAGGAUAUCAUCAUUUCUUUUCAACAUAUGCAGCAGUUACUCCAGCAACAGACUAAAGCUAAUACUGAACUGGAAGCAGAAUUGAAGGCGCAAAGAGAAAAUAAUCAGACCCUUGAAAGAGAUAAUGAGGUGCAAAGGGAGAAGGUAAAAGAAAAUGAAGAAAAGUUCCUUAAUCUUCAAAAUGAGCAUGAGAAAGCACUAAGAACUUGGAAAAAGCAUGUUGAAGAACUUAAUGGAGAAAUUAAUGAGAUUAAAAAUGAGUUAUCUUCACUUAAAGAAACUCAUAUUAAGUUACAAGAACAUUACAGUGAACCAUGUGAUCAUAAGUUUGAGGAAGACAGUAAGUUUCAGACACUUCCAGAAGUAAAUACUGAAGACAGUAAAAUGACAAUGGGAAGAUCACAAAACAUCAUAUGGAAAUAUAAUUCUGGGCAAGAAAUAAGGGAAGAAAAAAAGACCGGGAAUUUUUGUUUUGAUACUGAAUGUAGAGAAAAGGAGGAAAAGAAAGAAGGCCCACUUAUAGAAGAAAUCAUUACAGAAGAUAUACAGCAUAUUGAAAAAAUCUCCAAGAAUGAAAUUGACACUGCUGUACCUCAAGAUGAAAAUCAAGGUGAAGUCUCCCUAAGCAAAACCCUCUGCAUAGAAAAAGAAUCAGUUAGUCAAGGGCAAAUCUUGAAUGUUACUGACUUUAGAAAACCAGUUACUACAGAAAUUAAAGACAAGGUGGGCUUGGAAAAAGACAAUGGAUAUACAGAAUUUAAAUCAAAUAAUUAUUUUUUAGUGGCAGAUAUAUCCACAGAAACAGAGGGCAUUCACCUAGAAAGAACUGAAAGAUUAGAUGUUCACCGUGCAGAUUUACAUCUGGGGGUGGAAAAUCACAAAACAUCAUUUAACAGUAUCUUAAAUGAGGUGGCUCACAGUACAAAUCAUAAAAAAGAUGUUUCUGAACAACAGUUUAGAUUGCUUCCAGAAACUCAAGAAAAUGCUGCAGAGAAGGAAACUACAAAUAGUGACCAAAUCAAAACAGAUUUGGAUUCAUCUCCGGAUGUAAAAAAGAAAUACAGUUCACAUGAUUCAAGUAAUGUUACCUUGGAUGAUAAACAAUGUAAAAUAGAACAAAUACAAUUGUUAAAUAAAAAAAACGAGUGUAGCAUAUUACCAUUUAAACAAACUUCAGAUGUUCAGCAAGGCUGUACAGACACUUUCGGGAACCCUGAACUAACUAUUCCCUGUGACACUGCCGUCAACCACCCCAUUUCAUCUGCUGUUUUCAGUGAUAACUUGGAAGUACUUAAGACUUCAGAUAAAAAUGAUACUGCUAUGCCUAUGUUGGUGAAAUCCAACUCAAGCCCUGGGGAAAGAGCUGUAUGUACAACCCUGAAUGAUACACAGAACAGUCAGUUUACAAACAGCUUGGGAUAUUUAGAAAACAAUGUGAACAUUUCCCAUCUUCAAGUUAACAAUGAGAAUAUACAUGCUUCACGAGCCAAAGACAUGAAAACUGCUGUUCACACGAAAACUUACACAGAAACACAGUUUUCCAAUAAAGAGAGUCACGUUGACGGGAAUCAGAUAACUGAAGCCACAAAAAAUGACCUUUCCCUGUUUGUGAAUGUUAUUGAGAGACAGCAUACGUUGUUAAAUAAUACUGAGAAAACAGAGUCAUUAAAUGACAUCGUUUCAGGAAAAAUUUACAGUGAAGGACAGCUGGAAGAAUCAUGUUCAUUUCACAUAAAGCCAUCUGGAGAUUUAGUAAACAGAAGUGGAAGGUCAGUCUUUGAUCUUUUAACUUCAGAUAAAAAAACUGAGAAAACUCCAGUAUAUGUGAAUUUUUUAGACCCCAGUCCUUGGUCAAAAGUAAAUCAAACUGAAAGUCAAACAGUGAGCACUUCAACUUCUAGCAUUCCUUUGUUGCUGAACAAGAGACCAGUCAGUCCAUCAGAAAAUGGAGAGAUUGUUUCAAUGACACUUUGUAAAAAUGCGGCUGUGGAUGAUGUCAGCAAGGAUAUUGGGCCAGAUACUACCGGCAUUGACAGAGCUGCUGACACUCGGAAUAGCUCCACUAUCCGUCCCGAUCCCAAGGGAGAGGCCAGUGAAGAGAGGAAUGCAACUGCAAAGACUUUUUAUGAUUCUUCUUUUCCCACAGAACAUGUGAACACAAAGCCUCUGACCUCGAAUCUACAAAGCCAUUUUCAGGCUGUCAGGACUAAAAACACCAUUGAUUUAAAUGUGUCUUCUACUGGGGAAGAUGACUGGCAGAGCCUGCUAACAAAUCAAAUAAAUGAAAUUGAAAAGUACCUAGCAUUAGAAAAUGACAACCGAUCUAAAAAAAGAAAAGCAGAAGAGAUGUUGGAAAAAACAGAUUAAAAUAAUGCCUGCAGUGGUGUAGUGGUGGCUUGAC